AGAUCCACAUCUCUUCAACACGUGUGAGACAUUUCCCACCGUCGGAUUCACACAUUCUAGAAACUUCAAACACCCCUUUCAACUCCGUUGUCACCAACCUCCUUCGAAUUUAAAAGCCAAAGAGACGUUAGCCUUCCCUCCAUGGGAACUAUGGAAGGAGAUUCAAGAGGAAAAACCAAGGACGAGAAGGAAGGUGGUGGAGAGGUUCGGUACCGAGGUGUUCGUCGCCGUCCGUGGGGGAAAUUUGCGGCCGAGAUUCGCGAUUCAACUAGGCACGGCGCCCGUGUGUGGCUAGGAACAUUCAACACUGCAGAAGAAGCAGCACGAGCUUAUGAUCGAGCCGCUUUUCAAAUGAGGGGCCCACUUGCUAUUCUCAACUUCCCUGAAGAACAUAUCUCGCAAGGCCAGAGCUCUUCUUCAUCUGCUUCUUCCUCUGCUUCCUCUGCUUCUUCCUUGGCAGAACAUCGAAGUCAAGUCAUCGAAUUCGAGUACUUGGAUAACAAGUUGUUGGAAGAGCUUCUCGACUCCGGAGAGAAGAGAGAAACCAAGAAAGACUGAAAUUUUUGUGGUCCGUUUGGAUAUAAAAUCCUACUAAAUUGAGAUUAAGCAUAAUCUUAAUUUGGUAAGCCUUAUGUUCUUUAUGUCAGAUUAGCGGUCCUAAAAUACCGCUUUCCUACACAUUAAUGCAAUUACCAAAGUUUUUGAUUUUUUUUUUUUGAAAUUCCACUAAUUGCAUUUAUGCAUAGGUAAGUGUCACUUUAGCGUGGCGAAUUUGAUGCAGAGGUCGUUGGGCCCGCCAAAAUUGGGAUUAGAUUUAAUCCUAACUAUGUGGGGUCCACUAACCAAACAGACCCUUAAUUUUUCUUAAUUUGAAUUCCUAGACGUUUGUUAAUUAUCUGGUUUGUUUCAUUUGUUUUCUUUUUCUUUUCUUUCUAGUCUUAUUGGACUAGUUUUAAUACAACUUGGAUUUCAAGCUUGGUUUUGUCAAUAAAAAAUGACAUCAAAAUUAUAAAAAUAUAUUUCUUUUAGUUUUAAA